AAUAUUUUUUUGACGAAUUGAAUCUUUUGCAGUAUUUUAAAAUAGAUUCUGAGUUAGCAUCGCAUUAAAUGAUAAAGGCUCUAGAUAAGAGUCCCUCUCAUUAACGUGCCAGGAUUUCACUUUGGCAGUUUUAGGCGAGGUGAGCUAAAAGUGGGUGAGAUUGAACCGAUGGGAGACAGAUGCUGCUAAUUUUAGUCAAUUUCGUGUGACUCACAUUCUAAUCCUCCUUUUUGAAGCGACUGCAGCUGUUUGCAGGUUUAGGUACAAGCUGGUGCCUUUACAUCCACCCUUACGCUUCUCUACACCUGUUUCAUCCGGUGUGGAAUAGGGAGAUGGGGGUGUUAUGAACCUUAUCACAGCUGAGUGGCAGACUGCCAGUCCAUCUCAGUGUCACUCUCACUCCUAUGGACAGUUUACAAUGACCUAGUAACCUAACGUGUUGUUUUUUUUCAUCUGUCAUCUGAGCUGUCUGUGGCGCUUAAAUCUACUGGCUUCAAAACUCCUCCCUUGGGAAUGUCUUUAACCGAGCCCAUUAUGGGUGAAGUCUUAGAUUAAUUUCCUCCUACUCCAGAAGACCUUGUGAUUCAGGUUGGAGAAGCCGUUAAAACGUUGCCCAUGUUUGGAAGCCUUUUGUUUCUUAGCUGCUUCAAGAACAAAAUCUGUUUAAGAAUAUCGGCUAACAUGAACCAAUUAGAUCCUGGGCUUUAGCUGCUGCAGCCACAGAUUAACUUGAUCCACCUGGGCACCUUGAUCAUGUGUGUUUGCUGGGUUCAUUAGGUAGUGCAAUCACAUUUAAUCUGCAGCUUUGUGGUGAACAGACCUGGCUGCAGCCACUGACCCAGGACUGGUCACAUACCAUAUGUCUGACUAGUCAGAUGGAAACUGUCGCCCUCCCUCCACCCGAGCCCUUCUAACCGUUUUUCACCGGCUUACUGUGGCUUUAGCAGCAUCUGUGCCGUAAAUAUAGGGCAUAGCUGUCAGCUCGUCUGCUUGGUGCUUUAAACCAGCAAACUCAAGCUGCGUUGUUCAGUUGGGUUUGUGUACUGCAUGGUGACAACACCUUCGCAUGUCCACAAUGAGACUGAGGACCAGGAGUAGUGAGAGGAUGGAGAGACAGGGGGAGGAAGAGGUGAAGUUUGAGGAGACUGAAAUGAUUCCCAAAUCCGGAAAAUCUCCAGCAGACUCACGGAAAAGUGUUGGCAUCCAUGAGUUUGCAGCGCUUGCCAGAUCCUCCUUGAAUGGAAUUUCUCAAGCAGUUCGGGACCAUGUGACGAAGCCCACCUCACUGGCUCAGGGCCGGGUUGCCCAUCUCAUUGAGUGGAAGGGCUGGCCCAAACCGGCAGGUCCUCCGGCGGGCGCCCAUUCGCAGCUGAGCUCCUACAGCCACCUGACUGAAGGAGAGAAAGAGGCUCGAUUUGCUGCAGGCGUGGCUGAGCAGUUCGUCAUCGCCGAGGCAAAGCUGCGUGCCUGGGCUUCUCUGGAUGAUGAAGACGAGGACGACUCAAAUGAUGAAGACUGUCACACUAACAGACAGACCUGCAGUGUGCCGAGCCAGAGCUUAGACCCUGCAGAGUCCAGUCCUAUCAGCGGGCCCACACAUCAGCCUAAGAUUCAAAAUGAUGAGCCACCAACCUUCGACUGUCCUCUGGGCUCCAGCACCAACAGUCCCACCUGCGAAAGACCUCCAACUCUCAAUGACCUGCAUUCAUCUGGCACCACCUCACCCACUUUACAGGGCAAACACACAAGCUCCUUUCUGGAGGAGGAAGAAGAAAGGCUGGAGGCUUUUGAGGAGCAGCUAGCUCCUUUGCAAGUACAACAGAACGAGAUCUGCAUCCAUAAUAAGCCAGAGUGGAGGCCCCGAGCCAGGAGCAGCAGGUUUGACUCCUGCUACUCCACCUCUCACUCUGAGUCUCCUGGAGAGGAUGAGGAAGAAGAUGAAGAAGAGGAGGGCAGUGUGUUUCAUGAGUUUCGCGUUUGGCACUGCAGCCCAAGAGGAUUCUUCUCUGACAGGGCGUCUUCAGGCGUGGCGUCGUUUGAGGAGGAAGAAGAGAUAGAUCAGGAAAAGAAGGAUGACAAAUAAAAUAUGAAGUGAUGUGUUCAUCUGUGCGUCUGCAUUGAUUCGGAUAUGACUUCAUGUGUUCAGUGUGAACUUCUUUUCUUUUCCUUCCCUUCAUUAUGUCGCCUCUUCUCGCAGCUUUCCCCUCCUCAUCCAUCAACCUUCUAUUGUUCAUUGCAGCUGUAAACAGUAUACAUGUUGGAAAGUUCAACCAGAAUGUAAAGCUGUUGUUCAAACUGAGUUUUGUACAUUCUUGUGAUCAGUCAUGUGCUGCUAUUGCAUUCAUUUUUUAUGAAUAUUUUGUAGUGUAGUUUUAUUUUCUUUCUUUUCUUUGCAGGUCAUGGUGUGUCGUGUUGGUUUUAUAUGGAAAGCCUGAGUGUCUGCCUCUAUAAAUAUGAUUUUUUUUAAAAACAA